AUUACCGCCCCACAAAGGCCUAACACCAAGCCUACCUGGAGUUGUGCACCACGCGCCUGACCACCAAAAUGGCGGCAUUACGACCUGCACAAGACAACACAACCACGCCUGCCUGCGGACAGAAACAGUCUGCUGAACAUCGCCCCUACCUAACAAGCCCGCACACGAUACUGCCUUCAAGUCGCAUGGAGAGUGGGCUAGGGCCGGAGCUGGAGAGCAGAGACGGCGAACGGAGCCCACGGAAGUCUAAUCCAUUCAGAAUCCCUGAGGUCGGGUCUGGAGAAAGGAUGAUUGAAGAGGCCACUUACCUACAUUUCGAGACCCUCAUGCACGGUCCCUCCUGCUUCAUCACCCACUGGGGAUUGUUGAUCCCAAUCUCAGACAAAUCACCAUAAAAUAGACUGACACUGCAGCACUCUACAGACUGUGGCAUGCAUAUGGAUAGGCCUGGCAACGGAGGUUUCACUUACUGAUAUUUACUACAGCAUGUUAUACCGCAAUAUCAAUUAGGCUUUUCCCUAACUGCUAGUCUAACUACUAGUCUAUGUCAUAUAUAAGCGACCUCAUCUUGAAUAUAUGUCCAUCUAUGUCUUAGAUUACCUAUCCACUGGCACGCUGUGUGGGGCUCCUCGUGGCAUUGCCCAGUUUGACUCAUGUAAUCAUAGUUAGCAAGCAGCAUAUGGCGGUAUACUCGUUUCCCUUCUCAAGCACUGAACACAACUAUGUCGUUAAUAAUUCUUGUAAAAAAAAAAAAAAGUGCAGCAAUCCUAACAUGUACAAUGCUAUUACUUAUGACACCUUAUACUGCAACCCAAUAACAUGUUUAUGUUAACUCAUGUACUGAAUAAUGCACUACCAAAAUAAAGACUUAAAAAAAAAAAAAGAAUAAAAACAAUACAGGUG